UCCUUCUUUCUUCGUCUCUCGCACGCACGCGCGCACACUCACAGAGGGAUGUUGGACGGAGGUUCUGAGGAGGAGAUCCCAGCGCUCGAGGGGGAUGGCGGAUCUGUCCGAAAGGGAUGUGAUCCUUUGGUGUCAACGCAGCGCAGUAAACUUCAGCAACGAAGAGCCAAAAUCAACCAGCAAAUCAAUCGUGAGCUGCGCCUACGAACAGGAGCAGAAAACCUUUACAGGGCGAGCUCCAAUCAAAAAGUUAAAGAGACUGUUGCUCUGGAGUUGAGUUUUGUGAACUCCAAUCUGCAGCUUCUCAAAGAGGAACUAGAGGAACUGAACAGCAAUAUGGAGAUUUAUCAGACUGAGAGUGAAAAGGUAAAUGUUCCUAUGAUCCCGCUGGGUUUAAAAGAGACCAAGGAAAUUGAUCUAUCCGUCCCUAUCCAAGAUUUUAUCUGUGAGCACUAUGGCGAGGAUGCCUCUCUUUACGAGACAGAGAUCGGAGAAUUCAUGGCGCUUCGACAGAUGAUGCGUACUCCCAGUCGUAAUGAUGCAGGUGUAGAAUUGCUGAUGGAAUAUUAUAACCAGCUCUGUUUCCUGGACCAACGAUUCUUUCCCCCACACAGAAAUCUCGGAGUCCACUUUCACUGGUAUGAUUCACUGACUGGUGUGCCAUCAUGCCAGCGGGCGUUGGCAUUUGAGAAGGGGAGUGUGUUAUUCAACAUUGGAGCGCUUUACACACAGAUCGGCGCACGACAGGACCGCUCCACACACUCUGGCAUUCACAAUGCCAUUGAUGCCUUCCAGAGAGCUGCUGGUGCAUUUCUCUACCUGCAGGAGAAUUUUUCUCAUGCUCCAAGUCUAGAUAUGUGUGGACCUGCACUAAACAUGCUGGUCCGACUCAUGGUUGCUCAGGUUCAGGAGUGUGUGUGUGAGAGAGUAACGCUCAACCUGCAGCAGGCAAAUCUCACCUCACACCUGCUUGUAGCACAGGAGGCAGCACGGGUAUCGGACGUGUACUCGUUGGUGCUACAGACCAUGACGGUUCCGUUGCUGAAGGACUAUGUUCCGUUUUCUUGGCUCUCAAUGGUUCAGGUUAAAAUUCAACAUUUCAGAGCCUUAGCCCACUAUUACACAGCCAUCGCCCUGUGUGAUUGUACAUAUGAUGGUGAGGAUGAUGAAGAUAAUGGGACAAGGGCUUUGCUCCAGAUACACACCAGAUCCCCAGAUGGUCUGAAUCUGCUAGAUCCAGAGGACAGAAGAAGACUAGGUAAAGCUCACCUACGGAAAGCCAUCAUAAGACACGAGGAGGCUCUGCGGCUGCACGGCGUGUGUAAGAUGCUGCGAAAAAUGGACAUUCUGCAGGAGAUCCUGUCUCAGACCCACGCCCGCUCUCUGGAGAAAUACACCGACAUCGACCAAGAGGACGAUUUCUGUGAGAUUGCUGAACCCCCUGAGAUUCAGUCUAAAACCCAGCAGAAGCCUGACAUUAUAACCCCAGACUUCAGCUCGGUGAGAGUGACUGACAUCUUCCAUAGGCUGGGCCCUCUCUCUAUAUUCUCUGCCCGUAAUCGGUGGGUGGGGCGACGUGUGCACCUGGUUCGUGGGGAGGCGGGACUAGGCCUUACACUCAGGGGUGAUUCGCCAGUCCUGGUUGCUGGAGUGUUGCCAGGGGGGUGUGCUGCAGAUGCUGGAUUACGUGAGGGAGAUUAUAUCAUAGCUGUGAAUGGCUCUGACUACAGAUGGGCUGAGCAUGCAGAAGUGGUGCAUGCUUUGAAGAACUGCACGGAGAGAGGGUUGGAACUUAGUAUCAUCACACUACACACACAUGAGGGGGAGAGGAAGGCGGCCCCACUUUCACCCAGUAGUAAUAAAGAGAAUCAAUCUGCCAGUCAGAGGAGACAACAAACACACAAGGAGCGGAGCUCCUCCUCUCUUCUGAACUGGAGCUGGAGGGGAGGUGUUGGAAGUGGGGUCACGAAAAGACUGGGAAACACUUUUAGCCUCCCGUUCAGUAAUUUACGUGAGAGCGAGUCAAUGUAUUGAGGGAAAGACAGAAGAAAGGGAUUGAGCAGAGGUGAU